GCGUGGGAGACUGCUGUGUGGAAGAGAUGCUGACAAAAGGUAGCGGGGAGCCGGUGUUGGGAAUAAAAUUUAGGCGAGGGGUGAAUGAUGGUGGGGCGAAUACGUCUACUGCAUAGAUUCACCUCCGAACCUUUCUCCGCCAAAACCUCCCGCCGCACCUCGUUAUACAGACUACCUACCCUAUACGACGUUCUAUUUGCCGUUCAAGAUGGUGCUGGCAAAAUCGAAGAAGAGCGUCGGGCUGGGCAACGCCCUGAUGAACGAUCGAUUUGGGAAGGGCAAGAAUUCGGAGAUGCACCGCGGCAACCUCCAGGCACAAGGUAUCAAGCGGACAGGUGCAAAUGGAGAGACUUACGUUACAAACGCCAAACAGCAAGCAUCAUGGGUCAAGAUGCGGUCCGUCACGGAACAAGGCGCACUCGACGAGUUCCUUUCUACUGCGGAGCUUGCGGGCACGGAUUUCACAGCCGAGAGGAUCAACAAUGUGAAGAUUAUACAUAAAGAUCAGAAGAACCCCUAUCUACUUUCGGCAGCAGAGGAGCGCGCCACUAUCCGGAAACACAGGGAGAACAGGCAGCGGCUAACGGUUCCGCGCCGACCGCACUGGGACGAGCGGACCACGCCUCAGGAACUGGACCGGCGAGAGAGGGAUUCGCUCAUGCAGUGGAGGAGAGGGCUGGCAGAAUUGCAGGAGAAUAACGAUCUGCUCAUGACGCCGUUUGAGCGCAAUCUGGAAGUGUGGAGGCAACUGUGGCGAGUGAUUGAGAGGUCGGAUCUCGUUGUGCAGAUUGUGGAUGCGCGAAACCCGCUGCUCUUCCGAUCGGAGGAUUUGGAGAAAUAUGUCAAAGAGGUGGACCCGAAGAAGAAUAACCUGCUGCUGGUAAACAAGGCCGAUAUGAUGACUCUGGAGCAGCGACAGGCAUGGGCGGACUAUUUUGUAUCUGCGGGCAUCAAUUUCAAGUUCUUCUCUGCCGAGUUGGCAAAGGAGAUGAACGAGGCACGCCAGCUCGAAGAGGAGAGCGAGGAAGACUCAGACUCGGACGACCACAUCGAUGAGGAUGACGUCGAGGAGAUCGAUCCUGAGGACGCUGCAGCCUCAAGGGAGCAAUCCAAUAAAGAGACGGAGAGUCAGGAGCACGACCAACCCACUACAGAUGGCGGCGUCCCCCUCUCAGAAGACUCAGAACUCACCCGCAUCCUCACCACCUCGGAACUCGAAGACCUCUUCCUCGCGCAUUCCCCUCAAAUCGACACGGGGCCCGACGGCAAACCGCGCAAGACCCAAAUCGGCCUCGUAGGCUACCCCAACGUAGGCAAAUCCUCGACCAUCAACGCCCUCAUCGGCGCAAAGAAGGUCUCCGUCUCCGCCACCCCCGGCAAAACAAAACACUUCCAAACCAUCCACCUGAGCGACCAAGUCAUCCUGUGCGACUGCCCCGGCCUCGUCUUCCCCAACUUCGCCACCACAAAGGCCGAACUCGUCUGCUCGGGCGUGCUCCCCAUCGACCAGUUGCGCGAAUAUACCGGCCCCGCCGCCCUCGUCGCCCAGCGCAUCCCCCAGCCUUUCCUCGAAGCCAUCUACGGCAUGAAGAUCGCCAUCCGGCCGCUCGAAGAAGGCGGCACGGGCGUCCCCACGGCCGAAGAGCUCCUCCGCGCCUACGCGACAGCUCGCGGCUUCUCGACGCAGGGGCUCGGUCAGCCCGACGAGUCGCGCGCCGCCCGCUUCAUUCUAAAGGACUAUGUGAAAGGGAAAUUGCUCUUCUGCCACCCCCCGCCGACGGAUCCGCCCAUCGAUCCGAAGUACUUCAAUCGCGAGCUCUACGAUAUCCAUCAUCUCCCUGCGAAACGCCGCGCCCAGCUCUCCGCACACAUGGACGCCUUGUCCCUCGCGCCUUCAUCGUCCGCGUCCGCAGCCCUUACCAACGGCGCAGCAGCAGCAGACGACGAUUUCGAGGAUAUGGAUCCCAUGGUGUCUACGACCGGCGCGCCCGUCACAGGCGAGAAGACGGCGCAAAUGGAUAAGAAGUUCUUCGGCCCCGGGCAAGGGAUGGCGCGCAUCACGAUGCCGUUCCACCACCAGUACAGCGAGCAAGGGCGCGUGAAAGCUCUGUCCGGGCGCAAGGCCAAGACCAUGGCGGCGUUGGAGCGGGAUGUGGAUCCGAGCGAGUUGCGGAUGGAGAGUAAGAAGCAUUUCAAGGGGAAUCGGAGGAGGGGGAAGCAGGCGAGGGGCGAGUAUGAGUGAGUGAGGUGGGGUUGAGGAGGGAGGGAAGUUUCACGGGAUUUUUUGCAUGGGGCAUUCGCAUUCGAGUGAGAUUUGAGGAAGAGUGGGGGAAAGAGAAAGGGAAAAGCUGGUUAUGGCGUUUCUGUGAGGUUUACAUCUGGGCUCAUGGAUUUGAUUGCUGUAGAAGCGUCUAUGAUGUUUACGAUUUUCCGGCAUUGGCCUGGGGAAACGGAAUAGCAGUCUCAUAUAUGGGAAUAUACCUGCUGAUU